AUGCUCCGCCUAGAGAUCUUCAAGUGCCUUCUUCGUCGCCUCCACCGCUUGGGGCCCCGGUGCCGCCUGCGCCGCCUGGAACCCUCCUCGUCGUCUCCCUACGGAGGCGACAUCGAGGCCAUCAAGGCUAAGAUCAUCUCGCACCCACACUACUACUCGCUCCUCGCUGCCUACCUCGAGUACAACAAGGUGGGGGCACCACCGGAGGUGUCGGCGAGGCUGACGGAGAUAGCGCAGGAGGUGGAGACACGACAGCACAUGGCGCUCGGCGGCCUGGCCGCUACGACGGAGCCGGAGCUGGACCAAUUCAUGGAGGCGUACCACGAGAUGCUGGUGAAGUUCAGGGAGGAGCUGACGAGGCCGCUGCAGGAGGCGAUGGAGUUCAUGCGAAGGGUGGAGUCGCAGCUCAACUCGCUUUCCAUCUCUGGAAGGUCGCUGUGCAACAUCCUUUCAUCUGGGCACUGGCAGAAGAGCGCCACCCCCACGAACAUCUCGCAGAGGUGGGCGAAGAUGGAGAAUAUUGUCAAUAACUUCAAGGGUGGCUUCCAGAUUCGAACCUUCCGUGGUUCCGGCUUCGGCCUCAGCAGCUUCGGCGUCGCCGGUUUCAGCUUCGGUGGUUUCCACUCUGGAAGCUUCGGCGGUGGCGCCUUCGCCUUCAGCGGUCUCGGCAAAAACAAUUUUUGA